CCACAACAUUUUGUUCGUCAAUACUUGAAAAAUCUUGAAAAUGGCUCUGUAGAGUGCACUUUUUGCAAAGUUAGGUUUGGAAAAGUAACUGGCAUUAGCACAAUAAAACGACAUUUUGAAAAAUAUCAUAAAGAUAUUUAUCAACAACAACACCAAACAACACUUAAUUUUCCAAUAAAUGCCUGGACUUCAACAACUACAAAUCAAGGGUAUCUAGGCAUCACAGCUCAUUGGAUUGAUGACAGUUGGAGAAUGAAGAAAAUAUUACUUAAUUUUAUACCUCUUAAUGAAAGACACACUGGGGUCUAUUUAGCAAAUAAAAUUUUAGAUACUUUAGAAGAGUUUUCACUUGGCAAGAAAGUUUUGGCAAUGACUACUGACAAUGGGUCAAACAUGGUUAGUUUAGCAGAACACUUAAAUAAUUAUUUAAUUCAAAAAUACAACAAUAAGGAUUUUAUGCAUCUCAGAUGUGGUGCUCAUGUGUUGAACCUUGCAGUUAAAGAGGGAAUAAAAUUAAUUGACCAACCAAUUGAAAAAUUACGUAAAACUGCAAGCAGUAUUCGAAAUUCACAGCCUAUUUUAGAAGAACUUAAAACUAUAUUUGAAAUGAAAAACCAAAAAUUUUUAAUUCCUGAUUUGGACAUAUCAACCAGGUGGAAUUCAUUAUACAACAUGAUAAAAAAGAUGUUGAGGAUAAAAGAUAUGGUUGAUAUUUUAAUAGCUGGGAACAGAACACUUCUACAAAUUUAUCCAAAUGAAGAAGAAUGGAAUGACAUUAAAAAUACAUAUAAUUUAUUGGAGCCCAUUUUUUUGGCAACAGAACUUUUGUCAGGAUCUAGUUAUCCCACUCUUGGUGACCUCCGAUUAACAUUUUCAACAAUUAUUAAAGGAUUGAAUGAGAAAAUUGGUAUUGAUCCACCAACUACACAAUCAUUAAUAGCAACAGCUAUUGUUAUUAAACUUGAUAAUUAUUGGAAACUACUUGAUCAAAAUUCUAAAAUCGGUUCAAUACUAGAUCCUUCACACAAGUUAUUGACUUUUCCUGAGUCUGAAGUAGAAAAAGUCAAAACUGAAUUUUUAAAAAAAUAUAAAUCAUAUUCAGAAAAAUAUGAUUCUUCUUCUGAGACCAUCAUAAUGAAUCAAACUUCAAAGCGUAAUUAUUUCAAACAACUACUUAAUCAAAACCAAAACAAUAAUCAAUCAACUACUACAAACAAUGAAUUUAUAUUUAUUAGAAGGUACUUUGAUGCACCACCAGAAGAAAUUGAAUGUUUGGAUUGGUAUGCAUCAAGAAUAAAGGAUCCUAAUUAUAUAACUCUGUCACAUAUGGCAAAAGAUUUUUUUUCAAUACAGGCCACAAGUGUAUCAAGUGAGCAAAUGUUUAGCAUUGCCAAACAUACAUUAAAUCCAAUUCGAAAUAGGUUGGAUUCAGAAAAAGCGCAAGCGAGUCUAUGCUUAAAGAGCUGGAUUGAAGCAGAAAUUGUUUCAAUUUAA